AUGGCAGACUAUUCACCCCCUGCACCCAAGGUCCAGCAACAAGAUCUGGGGGGCAAGGUAGCUCUGGUAACCGGUGCCUCCAAAGGCAUCGGCCGCGCCAUCGCCCUCGACCUCGCCACCCGCGGCUGCUCCAUCAUCGGCACCUAUACCUCGCCCGAAUCCGCACACCACUUCGACGUCCUCUCCACCACCAUUUCCACCCUCUACACCACCUCUAAUCUCCCGCGCCCCACCCUCACCGGCAUCGUAGCAGACAUAACGACCCUCGCCUCCAUCAGGCCCAUCCUGGCCGCCCUGCCGCCCAAACUCGACAUCCUCGUCCUCUCCGCGGCCUUCAACACGCGCCCGAGACUCGGACAGGCUAGUGAAGCGGAUAUCGAGCAUAGCCUGAUGGGGAAUUUGCACUGGCCGAUUGUGCUGGUGGAGAAUCUGGUGCGGCAGAAAUUGCUGAAUGUAAAUGCGCGUGUGGUUGCGCUUUCGAGCGAUCGCGUGCGCGAUCCAAAUGCGGGGAGUGCGUUGUUCAAUGCGACCAAGGCGGGGUUGGAGGCGCUGGUGAGGGGGUGGGCGGUCGAGUUGCCGUUGACGUUUCCGGGGACCACGGUGAAUGCGGUGAGUGUGGGGUUGACGGAUACGCCUGGGCUGAGGCAGUUUCCGAGGGAGGCGGUGCAGGCGUUGAAGGAGCAGCGGGUGCCGAAGGUUAAGGUUGUGGAGGGUGGGAGGAUGGGGUUUGCGGAGGAUGUGGCGGAUGUGGUGGGGUUCUUGGUUAGUGAGAAGGCGAGGUGGGUUACGGGCAGUGUCGUCGCGGCGAAUGGGGGUGCGGAGUGGAUUGGUGGAAGUUCGUGA